CUUUUAAAUAAAGGCCCCCUCAACUCCCAAUCUAUCCACAAACAUGUACUGAUGAUGUACAUGACACUGCAAAAGCAACUUCUUUUCAUUUUCGUUUAGCUUGUGUUUGUCCUUGCAAUGGAAGGAUAAGCAGAAAGAGCCUCUACCAAUGACAGUGACUGGGAAAUGAAUUCCACCCAGUUCACUAAUACCUCGACUCCCGCAAGUAUCACUUCUCUCACUAAAAUGGCUGUGCAGAAUUCCUCGCAUCGGGCUUUGACGUUGAAAAGUUGCUCGUCUCUGAGGAACACUACAGCCGUCAGCUUAUUACGAUUAAGAAAAAGCUCCUCAGCAAGAGUCUUGUCUCUAUUGCAAGCAACUUGCUAUUCCACUUGCUCCGGUAUAGAAUAUUGCUCCUCUUCAAAACGGAGAUCGCGUGGGCCCGUCAUGGCUGGAAAGGGAAAAUCUGAAGGGGAGAAACAAGAAGAUGGUAAGUAUAAGAACACAAUUGAUCUCCCAAAGACUGCCUUUGGCUUAAGAGCCAAUUCUGUUGUGAGGGAGCCUGAAAUACAACGACUAUGGGAUGAAAAUCAGGUGUUCAAGAGGGUUGCCAGAAAAAAUACAGGGGGCAGUUUUGUGAUUCAUGAUGGCCCUCCUUAUGCGAAUGGCGAUUUACAUAUGGGUCAUGCCAUGAAUAAGAUUUUGAAGGAUAUUAUCAAUCGAUAUAAGUCACUAGACCAGGAUGCUAGAAAGGAGCUAACACCCCUAAAAUUGAGAGCAAAAGCAGCCAAAUUUGCGAAAUCAACCGUCAAGAAUCAGAUGGCAGCAUUUAAGCGUUAUGGCAUAUGGGGAGACUGGGACCAUCCAUAUCUCACCCUGGAUCCAGAAUAUGAAGCUGCUCAGAUUGAAGUGUUUGGGAAAAUGGCCUUGCAAGGGUAUAUCUACAGAGGCAGGAAGCCGGUUCAUUGGAGCCCAUCAUCUCGAACUGCCCUUGCUGAGGCUGAAUUGGAGUAUCCUGAGGGUCAUGUUUCAAAGAGCAUGUAUGCCGUUUUUAAAUUAAUCAGUGCCCCUACUUCAUCUAAAAUGCUGGAUGAAUUCAUUCCCAAUUUGGGAUUGGCUGUUUGGACGACAACUCCAUGGACUAUUCCUGCUAAUGCUGCUGUUGCUGUCAAUGCAAAGCUCCAAUACGCUGUUGUUGAAAUUGAUGCUAGUGACGUGGGCACCACUUCAUCAUCAGCCAGUAAAGAGAAAAGAAUUGGGAAUAUCUUGAAGGAACACAAGAAAUUGUACUUAGUUGUUGCAUUGGACCUUGUGCCAACUGUAGAAGAAAAAUGGGGUGUUAAGCUUACUGUGAAGACAACACUUACAGGCGCACAACUCGAAAAUUGCAGGUAUGUUCAUCCCAUAGAAAGCCGAGAAUGCCCAGUCGUUAUCGGUGGGGAUUACAUCACGACAGAAUCAGGAACUGGACUAGUUCAUACUGCCCCUGGCCAUGGUCAUGAAGAUUACAUCACUGGCCUCAAAUAUGAUUUGCCUGUUUUAUCUCCUGUUGACGAUGAAGGUGUUUUCACUGAAGAGGCUGGUCAAUUCAGUGGUUUGAACGUGCUUGGCGAUGGCAAUAUUGCUGUUAUCGAGUGCCUGGACAAGAACUCAUCAAUGAUCAUGGUUGAGCCAUACAAACACAAGUAUCCGUAUGAUUGGCGAACAAAGAAGCCAACGAUUUUCAGGGCAACUGAACAAUGGUUUGCUUCAGUGGAAGGAUUUCGUAAUGCUGCUAUGGAUUCAAUUGAUCACGUAAACUGGAUUCCCCCACAGGCACGAAAUCGAAUUUCAUCCAUGACAUCAAGUCGUUCUGAUUGGUGUAUUUCCCGGCAAAGGACUUGGGGUGUGCCUAUCCCGGUGUUUUAUCAUGUGGAGACAAAGGAGCCAUUGAUGAACGAGGAAACUAUUGAUCAUAUUAAGUCAAUAAUUUCACAGAAAGGAAGUGACGCGUGGUGGUACAUGAAGGUAGAGGAUUUGCUUCCAGAAAGAUAUCGCAAAGAAGCAUCUAGCUAUGUAAAAGGAACCGAUACUAUGGAUGUUUGGUUUGACUCAGGUUCUUCGUGGGCUGCUGUGCUGGCAAAGAGAAAUGAUCUUAGUUACCCUGCAGAUCUCUACCUUGAGGGUACUGACCAGCAUCGUGGCUGGUUCCAAAGUUCAUUGUUGACAAGUAUUGCUACAAAUGGAAAGGCUCCAUAUUGUGGUGUCAUUACGCAUGGAUUUGUACUUGACGAGAAGGGCUUCAAAAUGAGCAAAUCUCUUGGAAAUGUUGUUGACCCAAGAACUGUGAUCGAGGGAGGGAAAGAUCAGAAGGACGGAUUUGGUGCAGAUGCUGAUUAUGCUGUUACUUACACUGACCUGCCAAAGAUAGAUCAAUAUGCUUUAUUUCAACUUGAAAGUGUGGUGAAAAACAUCAAAGAGAGCUAUGACGAUUAUCAAUUCUUCAGGAUUUUUCAGAUCAUUCAGCGAUUUGUCGUUGUUGAUCUCUCAAAUUUUUACUUGGACGUUGCUAAAGAUCGACUUUAUGUAGGAGGAACCACUAGUUCUACAAGGAGAAGUUGCCAAACAGUCCUUGCUGCACAUUUGAUCUCUAUUGCGAGGAUUAUUGCACCAAUUUUGCCACAUUUGGCUGAGGAUGUGUGGCAGAAUCUUCCUUUUACAUUCACUGCUGAAGAUGGAUGUUUGGCCAACUUUGUCUUCGAAUCAAGAUGGCCUUUGUUAAAUGAAAGACAUCUAGCAUUCCCAGAGGAAGAGGUUAAUUUUUGGGCUACAAUUCUCGAGGCAUCACAUUUGAGUUCUGAUUUAAACUACUUUGUUCAGCUGAGAACUGAGGUAAACAAAGUGCUUGAGAUUGCACGUACGAAGAAGUUGAUUGGUUCCAGUUUAGAAGCAAAGGUUUAUCUCCAUGCAUCAGAUGCUGGCCUGCUUUCGAGAUUAGUCAACAUGUGUGAAGCUGAAAAUGAUGCGGACACAUUGUAUAGAAUCUUUUUAACAUCUCAGGUGGAAAUUCUUGCUUCUUUGGAGAAUGUGAGCGGAGAUGAGAUAGCCUGCACGGGAGAAUAUGUUAUUGAAAAUCGGGACAAAGUGUGGAUUGGUGUUUCACGUGCAGAUGGGUCGAAAUGCGAAAGAUGCUGGAAUUUCUCACCUGAAGUCGGUAAUUACCAAAAACACCCUACACUUUGUGGCCGUUGUCAUGGUGUGGUUGUGAGCCAGCCAAUCCCGGCUCUUGCUGCCGCAAGCUAGCUGAGAUUCUUUUCAAAAGUUGUUUCAUGUGGAAGAAGGUUAUUAUUUUCUAAUCAGUCAGCAAAACUUCAAUUGCUAAGAAUAUGUGCAAAAAAUAGCUACCUAAUGUGCCUAUACUUGACAAAGCCAAUUGCGGUGUUACUGAGGCAGAAUGAACUUGUGCUGUUUGAGCAUUAGAAAUUUAGAGCAUGAUAGUUUUUCAGACCAUAUUUAAGGUCAAAAUAAUUUAAAUUAUUUUUCUUGAUUGACAUGUCACAUGUGAAUUAGUAUAUGAAUCUCACUUUACAGUGAUUUUGUGAAAUACAAUGAUAUUUGGAUGGUUCUUUUGGUGGAUUGCAUUUUAGACACUAAGCGGUAUAAUAG